UAUUUGCUUGACAAUAUGUCACUGUAUUUGUCUACAGCUUUUAAUUGAUUCAUUACAAACCGACAGGUAUAGUGAAGUUUUAUUGCGGUCUAAUGUGUGUCCAAUGUAGUCUGAUACAGAAAUGUGGUGCCAUCUGUCUAUUUCAGAGCAGGCUAUAUGACCACAUCAGACACUGUAGUUUACCAAUAAUUCACUAUGAUGAAAGAUCUGAUCUGUCAUUAUGUUGUAAAGUCUAACUAAUAACAAAUUUACAAGUACUAAUGUGCAGUUGUUGCUUCAAGGAAAUAUUUCUGCCUGAUAUAUUUAUUACUUUUAUUGCUGUUACCAAAUGUAGUUAGGUUAAUUCAGUUAUAUUAAAUAAUAAUAUACAUCCAAUACAAUUGUAAUAUUAUUAUAUUAUAUUAAAUAAUAAUUUAACUGAUUUUGUUUACUUUUUAAAUCUUUAGGAACUAUCUUAGUGCCAAGUUUUUUCCUCAGAAGUGCCAUUUACAAUAUUAUCCCCCAUAUUUAAGUAUGCUGUUACAUUUGUGGUCAUUGGCAGGAGCUGAGUGAACUCGUCACUGAAGUCAUGGUUGAGUGUGAAUCUCUUUUACUGCUUAACACUCUAUAGUGAGAUACUGUUUAUAAGUAAAGCUGCCAUAUUAUGCAUACCACUCACCUAAAAAACAUCUUUUGGCAUGUAAGCAACAGUUAGUUAAUAAGAUCUAAUGUUUAUUUAUAUGUUUGAAUUUGAAAAUCAAGAAAAUUAAACUCUAAAAACAGAAAUUAUUGUGUCAUUUACCAAUGAUGGAAAUAAAGAUAUUAUAAUAAUGUUGAAAUAACUGUCAAGUUGAUUGCCUUAUUAAAGAAUAUUUUGCAUUAAAAUGAAAUCUAUUUAUUUAAUUACCUUUUAUAGGUUACCUGACAAAACAUUUUACACUGAACAAUGUUUUUUGAUUGUUGUGUAUGAAAAGAAAUGAGCCAAACACAAGAACCCUUCAGCUGCAAUAGCAGUCCCACAGCAUUCAGUGUAAUUGACAGGAAGUGGCAGGGUUAGAGGAAAUGCAAGGGAGCUGAGUAUGGACAAUAGUAUUUGAAUGAAGCUGCUGUAGACAGCUCAUCUAACAACACUCUGAGUGAGAUGAGUCAUUGAAACAGGAUUUAAAAGUGCUAAAGGCUCUUUUGACAGUGUACGGCAUUUGAUGGGUCAUCCUCUCUGGGAUUAUAGGACUAACCACAUGGAAACGGCCAAUGCUACUAUUGGUGAAUCUGUUUGUAUUGCUGUCAGUGGUCUGUAUCCUGCUAAACCUGGCAGGGUUCAUCCUCUGCUGUCAGGGGGCUCAGCUGGUCUCCAGUACCAUUAACUGCCAGCUGAGUGAGCAGGGCGAUCUCUGUUACUGUUGUUCAGAAACUCCGAGCACUCAGUGCCAAGAGGAGAAGUUGAUUAAGAUCUACGCAGGUCAUGCAUGUGGCACAAUGAGAAUCCUGCUCAAGAAAGUGCUCUUUGCUUUGUGUGCACUGAAUGCUUUGGCCACAGCUGUGUGUCUGGUUGCUGCUGCUCUCAGAUAUCUCCAGAUCUUCUCAACCAGACGGCCCUGCAUGGAAGAGGCCAGGCCUGUUCCAGAGGAAGUGGAGGAGCAAACUCAUCUUCCUGACCCUGAUGAAUUUGUAGCUCCUGCACCUCCCCCUUCAUACUUCUCCACCUUCUACUCCUACACCCCUCGCCUGGCUCGCAGAAUGUUUGGUGACGGUAUGAUUCCUCUUCCUCACAUUUACGGUGCCAGAAUUAAAGGAGUGGAGGUCUUCUGUCCUCUAGACCCUCCUCCACCUUAUGAAGCUGUUGCAUCACAGCCAGCAGCUCAGGCCCAGAAUACUGAAGUGCAAAUGACUGAUCUGACCGAGGUCCUCACAGAGAGUGCAGAGACGGAGACGCACAGUGAUGACCGAAGCUGUCAGACGGCCAUAUUGAGCCCCACACCCCCGAUACAAUCCAGACAGCCUCACACCGCAGUUUCCUCCAGCAGAAAACCUCACAGACCUCGCCUCCGCAGGUCCAACAGUGACCCCGUCCUGCUAGACCUGACCGCCAAAGUAAUGAGUUGUGAAGCAGCUACACAGACAGAAUUAGGCCCUGGUCCGGCGUCAGUGACUGGAACAGAGCAUGGGACGGUAACGCUACGUCGGGGCCGUGGCAAACGGAAGCCUCGACCCAACUCCAUGGUGGACUACCAGAACUAUAGAGACACAAAACUGCUGGUGGCACGCUUUCUGGAGCAGUCCUCAUGCAGCUUGACCCCUGAGGUACAGGAGCUGGUCAACAGCAUCAAAACCGUGCUGCGCUCUGAUGAGGAACACAUGGAGGAGGCCGUUCGCUGUGCCAGCUUCAUUGAUCAGGCCAUCACAGUUUCAGAGGUUGCCCCAGCUCAAUCCACCCUCCACAGACAGGUGCAGACGGAGCUCACCUCCAACACGCUGCCUCUGCGCAAACGGCCGGGCAUCCUUCACCUGCGCAGCUGUGGUGAUCUCAGCUCCUUCACCUGGGCACAGCUCCAGACAGGGCCGGAGCGCAGGACAGGCACUCAUUCUCGAACUAAUUCCAGGAUGGGCUCUCGGGCAGGAUCCCGCCGCUUGGAACAGGAACGCCCACACAGCCUUAUAGGAGUCUUCCGAGAAACUGUCCUCUGAGCGAAGUCUCAAACAGACUGUAUAAGCGUGGAACGAGAGGAAACGGACUCUGCCCCAAUUGGGUGAAGGUAUAAUGAACACCACAUGACUGAAGCUAAGCUUUGUAUAGAGCACAGAUGAUUUCACUUCAUUUUUAAAACAUAUCUGUUUUUGUUGUCAGUGUGUAUACUGAAUACUUUUCAUUUUUAAUUUUACAGUUGGGAUUCCAGCUGUUGCUUGUUUUUAUUUUUUCACAUUAUUAUAAUGAAACACUGGGGGGGAAAAAAACAAUGUUUAUUUACCAUAUGCCCAUGUUCCUCAUGAAAAAAUUAUUUAAAACAUUUAAAAAUUGACUAUGUGAAAAAUACAAUAUUAAUAAUCUUUAAUAAUAAAGAGAAAAAUGCAAAUGUAUGGACAUAUUUAGGUUAUGUAAUGUGCUGAUUAAAUCAGCAUAUUGUGAGGUAGAGGAUGAAUUUGUAACUUUUUUUAAUUUUAUUUUUAUUUGACCAUUCUGAACAAUAUUAUUAUUUCUCCAAAGAUUUUUUUCAGAGAUGUAUUGUGCAUUAUUACUGAAUAUGAGGAAGCUCAUCUGCAUUGUAUGGGUGAAACAUACUAUCCAAAUUCCACCAAGAUUAAACAUGGUUUUAAAAAUCA